ACUGCAUAACUGUUUCAGGUCAGUGACUGAAGCCAGAAGAUAAGUAUAUUGCAGCCAGAUGUGGGUCACUCUCAGGAGCUCAGUGAAUUCCACCUGCGCAAUAAGUCAGUGCUCAUCAGUGCCUCGUCCCAGUGCCCAUCAGUGCCACAUAUCAGUGCAUACCAGUGCACAUCAAUGCCACAUAUCAGUGCCCAAAUGAGCUGCCUUUCAAUGUCACCCAUCAGUGCCAGUCAGUGCCAUCUAUCAAUGCCAAUCAGUGCCACCUAUCAGUGCUGCCAAUCAGUG